CGCCCGCUCGCUCGCCCGCCGGCGCGCCCGCGAUGCGACCGGCCGAUUGGCAGAGAGCUGGCCGUCUGCCGGCGGCGGCACGUCGGUUUCUCUCGUGCCGGCUUUCUUGUUGAGCAGUGAUUCCCUUGGAGCCGGAGACACGCGCCAGGGGCUCGCACUCCGGGGCCGGCGGCAGCCGCAGCGGUCGGGUCCGUACGGCAGGCUGCAGCCUCAGUUGCCGCGGCCGUCGCCGGGCAGUGCGCCCGGACCAGUGCCCGGCGUCGGGCACGACUGAGGCGAGGUGGCUGGUGCAGAGCCCGUAGCUCCUCAUCCUGCACCCAUCGCUGCGGCGGGGCAGUGCGGGGCAGUGCGGGAGCCGGCGGGGCUGCGCACCGGAGUUUGCGAGGCUGUGGAGCGCCGUCCCCCAAGAAGACUCCUUGCCUCCUGAGUCCCCGUAAGUUGACUAGAGUUUCUGAAGUUGGAGGGAGCCGUGGGAAGGAAAGGAAGAAGAGGAUUGAGAAGACUGUGACUGGCUGAGGACACAAUAGGACAGGAAGUUGGGACAAGUUGAAAGACCCACAUACCAGGCCAAGAAAGAAGAGAGAACUCUCUCCACCACAUUUCAAAGGGACCACACUGCCAGAACUGGGGAUACUUUUUGGACAAACAUUUCUCCAGGAAUCCCCAGUCACCACUGUACUGGAGGCCUGAACCUUAGGACGUGCCUCCGAUAGCCGGCUCUCCCCAACAUGUGAUCCCAGCUCGCAGGAAAGCGGUGGGAGCCGCAGGCUGCUCCGUCAGCCUGUGCAUUGGCCCUGUGUGAAUCCCUGUCACGGAUCAGGCUGUCUUAAAGUCAGGAGGAUAGCCCUCGGCAUCCCCAUGUCACCACCUUUGAAGGACUGACUUCUUCCAGCAGCUGUGCCAGUUCCUGCCACAAUGGGACCCGCAGGGAGCGCACUGAGCGGGGCACAGAUGCAGAUCAUCCUGUGGGGAAGUUUGUUGGCUGUUGCCACUUUCUUCCUCAUCACCCUCCUCAUCUUCCUGUGCUCCAGUUGUGAGAGGGAGAAGAAGCCGCGACCGCACAGCGGGGACCAUGAGAACCUGAUGAACGUGCCUUCAGACAAGGAGAUGUUCAGCCAUUCAGUUACCAGCCUGGCCACAGAUGCUCCUGCCAGCAGCGAACAGAACGGGGCGCUCACCAAUGGGGACAUUCUUUCAGAAGACAGUACUGUGACCUGCAUGCAACAUUACGAGGAAGUGCAGACCUCGGCUUCGGAUCUUCUAGACUCCCAGGACAGCACAGGGAAACCAAAAUGCCACCAGAGCCGGGAGCUGCCCAGCAUUCCUCCCGAGAGCGCAGUGAACACCAUGCUCACCGCGAGAAGUGUGGACGGGGACCAGGGGCUGGGGAUGGAAGGGCCGUAUGAGGUGCUCAAGGAUAGUUCCUCCCAAGAAAAUAUGGUGGAGGACUGCUUGUAUGAGACUGUGAAAGAAAUUAAGGAGGUGGCUGCAGCCACACACCUGGACAAAGGCCACACGGGCAAGUCCAAGUCUCCUUCUGCUUUGAAAGAGCUUCCGGGACCCCAAACAGAGGGCAAAGCGGAGUUUGCUGAAUAUGCCUCCGUGGACAGAAACAAGAAAUGUCGCCAAAGUGUUAACGCAGAGAGUAUUCUUGGCAAUUCCUGCGACCCAGAAGAGGAGGCCCCACCGCCUGUCCCUGUUAAGCUCCUGGAUGAGAACGAAAACCUUCAGGAGAAAGAAGAGAAAGAAGCAGCUGAGGGAAGAGCCACAGAGAGGACCAGCGACUCCAACAAGAGAUUUAGUUCAUUGUCCUACAAGUCUCGGGAGGAAGACCCAACUCUCACAGAAGAAGAAAUCUCAGCCAUGUACUCAUCCGUGAAUAAACCCGGACAGUUGCUUAAAGCACCGGAGUCCACCUACACCUCCAUCCAGGGGGCCCCUCAGAGGUCACCCUCCUCCUGUAAUGAUCUCUAUGCUACCGUUAAAGACUUUGAAAACCCUCCCAGCAGCGCCCUUCCACCAGCAGGCAGACCCAGCCAGGAGCCCGAGCCUGAUUAUGAAGCGAUCCACACUCUACACCGAGAGGAAGAAAAGGCCCCCCUGGGGACCAGCGGCCACCAUGGCCUCGGCCCAAAGGAGAACGACUACGAGAGCAUCAGUGACUUGCAGCAGAGUAGAGAUGUCACCAGGCUCUAGCAGCCCCGAGGGCCUGCGACCAGCAUCUGGGGACAUGUCUUCUGUGGAAGAGACGGGACACAAACCUGUUCUUCACAUGCUGCUUUAGUCACCUGAAGACGGUUGGAGAUGCUGUGGCCCUUUCCCCAGGAUUUUAAUUUCUGAGACUGAGGCAGGGACCUGGCUGCACCUGAGUGCCCACCUGCCCACCAGGUGGAGGCCGCUGAGGGGGACAGGCACACCCAAGCACAUCUCCCGUCUGCACCUUCACCCUCCUCAGAAGACCUCGCAGUCCGUGGUCCCAGC